AUGAAGUUGGUCGAGGAGGAGCAAGUGUUGAAGGAGCAGGAGCUGGAAGCCCAGGAAGCGAUGAGAAGGAAAGAAAUGGAGGAAGAAGAACGCCGUCUAGAAGAAAGAAAAGCGCUGUUGGAAGAACAAGCUCGGUUGCGGCAGCGAAAGCUGCAAGAAGAGAAAGAGUACCAAAAGAGGCAGCAGGUGAUCAGGAUGGAAUCGUUGGAGAAAAGGAACACUAUCGCACGGCAGUUGAGUGCAUGUAGCAGCAAGAGUGAGUCCAUUCCGGACUCGGAGCAACAGAUAGCCCUCUGGUUGCAACAAUGUUCUCCCGAACCCUUCGAGGAUCGAAUUAGCUCGCUGCAGAUUGACGCCGGAGAGGAGGCAGAGCAGCUCGUACAAGACCAACCACCAUCGACUGCAGGCCAACGUCCAUCGUAUCAACGACCUAGAGCUAACCAGGAUUGCCAGGAACCACUGCCGUCCGAACGUGACAACAUCGAAACUCAGCAAGAUAACCAUGAUGUUUUUCGAUCCCGCUUCAACGGUCCGACCCAGCCACCACUACAAGAUGGUCGUAUAUCAGUAUCACGAGCAGAUCACGCUCGGUUUCGAGAUGCAAACAUGCCCUAUCAACAAAAUCCAGGAUCGCGGCAAGCGUAUCAGCCGGAGGGGGCAGCGUUCCAUGGGGCACUUUCUCCCAGCCAAUUAGCAGCCAGGCAGGUGAUGGGGAAAGAACUGCCGAACUUCACUGGCAACCCCGAAGAUUGGCCAAUCUUCAUUUGUAGUUUUGAACAAUCUACAUCAGCAUGUGGGUACAGCGAUGCCGAAAACCUCAUGCGCCUACAGCGAUGCCUAAAAGGACAGGCGUAUGAAUCGGUGCGGAGCAGACUACUCCUCCCCUCGAGUGUCCCACAAGUGAUUAACACGCUUCGUACACUCUACGGCAGACCAGAGCUACUCAUACGAACGCUUAUCGAGAAGGUACGCUGUGCGGCAGCGCCUAGACACGACCGUCUGGAAUCGGUAGUAGAAUUCGGGCUAGUGGUCCAAAAUCUUGUGGACCACCUGAAGGCGGCGAAGCAGUACACCCACUUAUCCAACCCGGUAUUGAUGCAGGAACUUGUGGAGAAGCUCCCCGGUUCGCUAAAACUGGAUUGGGCAGUAUACCGGAGCAGACAGCCGUAUGCGACUUUAGCAACGUUUGGGGACUUCAUGACGGGACUACUGGAUGCGGCAAGUCAAGUAACCUACGAACUGCCGAACGCAACCCGCAACUUCAAAGGUGAACAACGACGCACUAAAGAAAAGGGGCACAUAAACGCUCAUUCGGCAACACCAGCUUCAUCCUUGGAGACGUCGAGCUCAUCACCGAAGUUAAAAAGGGCAGGUAAGACAUGCGCAGCAUGUGAGCGAGAGGGACAUCGUGUGGCAGAAUGUCGUCAAUUCAAAUCAUUGGGUCACGACGAACGGUGGAAAGUUGUUCAAGGAAAAGGAUUGUGCAGCACGUGUUUGAAUAGUCACGGAAAGUGGCCGUGUAGGACUUGGCAAGGAUGUGAUAUUGCUGGCUGCCGCGAAAAACACCAUACACUACUCCAUCCUUCUUCCCUCCACCCUUCCCUGAACGUCUCCGUCAGUAAUAUCACACAAAAUAGUGGGUCUUCACCCAUGUUUCGAGUUCUCCCAGUGGUAUUGCAUGCGGGGGAGCGGAAAGAAGUUGUGUUUGCGUUCAUCGACGAAGGAUCAUCGACUACUCUUUUGGAAAAACAGUCGCUGAUCGGUUGGGUGUAUCUGGACCAGUCGAACCACUAA